UACUAUAUUUGCAGAGAUAGAGAACCAUGUGCACGUUAGAGAAGCGAGGUGAUAUAUUCUUCUUAACCAUCACCGGGGACGAUGAGCACCGCCUGAACCCUAACCUCAUCGAAUCACUCCGCUCAGCUCUUCGCAAAGCCCGAGAACAGUCAACUCGAGGCUCAGCUCUCAUUACCACCGCUCGCGGCAAGUUCUUCUCCAACGGCUUCGAUCUCGCAUGGGCCGAAUCCGCCGGCUCCUCCUCCGCCGCCGCCGCCCAUGAUCACCUCCACCACUUGAUAAACCUCUUCAAGACACUGAUUGCGGACCUAAUCUCACUCCCGAUGCCGACGAUCGCCGCCGUGACAGGCCACGCCGUCAGCGGCGGUUUAAUGUUUUCAAGUUAUUUAAGUCAUAUCUAUAUCAUAAGUAGGUCCAAUAAACUACAACAAAUGGGGUCAAUGCCAUAG